AUGUUCUUCAUCAAGUACGUGCUGUUGUUUCUUCUCCUUUGCAGAUAUGUAGCAUCACAACAAGAAGAUGCUGGUUUCACCUACAAUGGCUUUCGAGGAGUUAACAUGAGCUUGGAUGGUUUAGCCCAGGUUACAGAUAAUGGUAUCCUCAUGUUGGUAAACACCACAUCGGUACAGGUGGGUCAUGCCUUCUACCCCCAGCCAAUUCACUUUAGAAAUUCUUCCACUGGUAAUGUUAUCUCCUUCUCUACUACUUUUGUAUUCGCCAUGUUCUCUGAGUUACAAACACUAGGAGGUCCUGGAAUCGUAUUCGUGAUCGCACCCUCCAGAGGGUUCCCUCAUGCCUUGUCAACCAGUUAUAUGGGCAUCUUCAACACCAGUAACCUCGGCAACUCAUCCAACCAUGUAGUUGGAGUCGAGUUGGAUACCUUCCAAAAUGCACAGUUUAAUGAUAUCGAUGAUAACCAUAUCGGUAUUGAUAUUAACGACUUGAGAUCUAUUAAAGCUGCUCCGGCAUCAUAUUUUAGUGAUCAGGAAAAUCGACGGGUAAGCCUUAACCUUUACAGUGGAAACCCUAUGCAACUUUGGGUGGAAUAUUGUGGUUCAAAGAAGCAACUCAAUGUGACAUUAGCUCCUAUUAAUGUCCCAAAACCAACGAUUCCACUCUUGUCUUUGAACAUUGAUCUCUCUCAGACCAUGGUAGAUCAUCCCAUGUUCGUGGGCUUCUCAUCAUCUACAGCUGCCAUGAAAGCACCUCAAUAUGUGUUGGGUUGGAGCUUUAAGAUGAACGGCCAAGCAAAAGAACUCGCUCUCUCCCAACUUCCAAAGCUUCCUCGAAUGGGACCUAAAAGAAGACCUAGAAUUUUUAACAUUGGACUUCCUGUGAUCGGUGCUAGUUUAGUGUUCAUGUCGAUCUUCAUCAUCCGAUUUAUUGUCGCAAGGAAGAAAAAGUUUGCAGAAGUUCUUGAAGAUUGGGAACUUGAAUAUGGACCUUACAGGUUCAAAUAUAAAGAUCUCUACAUUGCUACCAAGGGAUUUCAUUACAAGGAGCUUCUUGGUGUCGGUGGCUUUGGUAAAGUCUACAAAGGUGUAUUACCCACUUUAAAAGAAGUUGCAGUGAAGAGAGUAUCACAUGAUUCAAGACAAGGGGUGAGGGAAUUCAUUGCUGAGAUCAGGAGCAUCGGUAAACUGCAGCAUCGAAACAUAGUAACACUCUUGGGGUAUUGCCGACGUAAAGGAGAGCUCCUUCUAGUGUACGAUUUUAUGCCCAAUGGAAGUCUAGACAAGUUCCUCUUUCAUCAUCAAUCCACAGCAACAAAGACAAAAUUGAGUUGGAAUCAAAGAUUUCAAAUAAUUAAAAAUGUGGCAUCCGCGUUACUAUAUCUUCAUGAAGAAUGGGAACAAGUUGUGGUUCAUAGAGACAUCAAGUCCAGCAAUGUCAUGUUAGAUGGGGAGCUGAACGGAAGAUUGGGAGAUUUUGGGCUCGCAAAAUUAUAUAGUCAUGGAGAGGAUCCUAAAACCACCCAUGUGGUGGGGACUUUUGGUUAUCUUGCACCAGAAUUUGCAAGAACCGGCAAAGUAAAUCCUAGUGUGGACGUGUUUGCAUUUGGAGUCCUUUUGCUAGAGGUCGCUUGUGGUAGAAGGCCUAUAGAGGCACAAGCAUCAGAAGAGUGUCUUGAAUUGGUGGAAUGUGUGAUCUCAAGUUGGAACAGUGGUGCGAUUCUUGAAGCUGUGGAUCCCAAAUUGGAAAUGAAUUAUGAAGUGGAGGAAAUGGAGAAGGUGUUAAAACUUGGAUUGCUUUGCUCUCAAUCUGAUCCUACUGCAAGGCCAUGCAUGCGACAAGUUGUCCGCUAUUUGGAAGGAGAGAUUCCACUACCAGAGCUGCCAUCUCUGACUUCAGAAAGUAUUGGUGAAGUCUCUUUUUGGUGUCCUUAUCUUGGGAGUGGAAGGAUGCCACCGUCAUUGGUUGCAGAUUCUCUACUCUCUGGAGGACGUUGA